GAAGGCGCGGUUCAUGUCGCGCAUACGCGUCCUUUCCCUGUCGCACGCCGACUUCUUGUAAUCUGAAACCCAAGCGCGCUUGUAAGAGCGAUUAGAUGACUUUCGAGGGUCGUCUUCAGCUUAUCCUUCUAUUGUGACCAUCAUGACUUGUACUCCAGUCGAUACGUGCUGAUCGAUCAAUAGUAGUCGACAAAUGAUUGCCUCGAAUCCCUCAAUUCGUACAAACUUCGCGACGUCGAGCAAGCGUGCAUCUCCCGAGGAGCGCUCGCAAUGUUUCGGAUUUCGGAAACAAAAAGGUCAAAAUUUAGACUCAGCCGGUCGAGAAGCGAUCGCUCGACGGAAUCCCACCGUCCGGUUUCCGCCUCCGGGCGUUUUUAGCAAAAGGGACGACAGAGGAAAAGAAAAAGUGCAAAAUACGGCCCAACGUCUUUAUCCUUCCCAGAGAUCCGAACACAGUCCCGAGAUGAUUCCAAACACUGAAAGGAGAAAAUUGAAUGUAUAGGGAUGGAGGAACUCGAAGCGAACAAUGGUUGACAUCGUGACCAUGAAGUCUAGUCGGAAAGGAACUAAGCUGAACGAUGCGCACUACUUCCGGCAGCCAUUGCCGCACACGCGCAAGAAGAUGACCACUCUCCGGGUCAUCCCGGCAGUUUUGUCACCACAAGAGGAUUAUUCUUCGGAUCCUGCAGGAAAUAUCAGAAUGAGGGAGCGAGAGAAGCUGGAGAGAGACCAAUGUUCCACGGAAUUGGCACGAUUCGACUACAAGUUGGACCCUUUGACGAGCUUUGCGGCGUCCAUCGGCCUGGACGCGUCCCUCCCAUCCAUCCCUCCCGUGGUCCCGGUCGCCUCCAUCGCGGUGGGCGACGAAGAGACCCUUUGUACGGAGUCUUCAGGUUUUUCGAUCCCUCUCGACACGGCUCCUCUGCCCCCUGAAACCCCUGAGGACGAAGAACCCGAGGAAGUCGACGACACCGAGAAGAAGCCUCCAUCGGGUGAGGAGAAGAAGGAAACCGGGGGCUUUAAGCGACUGAUCGUGGAGUUCUUCUCGCACAUCCUGGCCAGGUGGUCCAGCGCCACGAGGAAGAGGUCGAAGGGCACCAAGGCUGUGAGCGAAGGGGUCGAGGAGAAGGUGGCGAAGGCGGCGAGCAAAAAGAGGCGACAGAAGACAAAUCGAUUCGCCGAUGAUUCGAGGGGAAAAGAUGACUUCUGCGCGGAGGAUCCGCAGCGGUCGGGGGAGAGGAACUUGCGGGCUAUUCUUCUGGAGCACGAGCUGCGCACCAGGAUGCUGGAGAAGGAGAAUGCGUGCUUUAAAAGAAUGCUUCAGGGCCGACUCGGGGCACGGCAGAUGAGCAGUCCUCUGUAUUAGAUCGUUAAAUUUCAUCCCUUACUGUAUGCGUAGCUUUUAUGUUUAUCGGAGGACGAGUGGACCAGCUGAUCGAGGGUGUCUUAUCACUUGCGGUACCCUGAGUCGUGCGAACCCCUGCAUACCU